AUGAUCUGCCAGUUGGGAUUCGCUGUGCUGGGUUCCUCUAGUCCUCUUGUCGCUCCUCUGGGAUCUUCAGUGGUUUUGCCCUGUUUUGCUUCUGAACUUUUACCAGCGGAGGGUCUGAAGGUGGAAUGGAGACGAGCAGACUCAAAUAAUCUGGUUCAUCUGUUCAUCCAUGGUAAAAGUCGAGCAGAGGAGCAGCAUCAGGAUUAUCAUCAAAGAGCUCAUUUCAUUACUGAGGAGAUUCAGCAUGGAGUUUACUCUCUCCGUCUGGAUGAUCUGAGAGUUGAAGAUAAAGGGCUGUACAGAUGCAAAGUGUACAGUCAGCAGGAUGCUGGUGAAACUCUGGUUGAAAUUAAAGUCGUUGAGUAUUUGAGUGUGUCAGGAUCUGCCGGUCCAGUUUCUGCAUCUGUGGGUGAAGACGUCACUCUCAGCUGCGCUGUAAAGUCUCACGUCCCUCCUGAAGAGAUUGAACAGGUCUCAUGGAGAAAAACAGAUAAAGACCUCCAGCUUCUGCUUUUUGAGAAGAACGCACUGAUUUCUGGAGAUGAGCAGUACAGAGAGCGCGUGGAGUUUUUCUCCUCUGAAAUCCUGAAAGGAAACUUCUCUGUCAGACUGAGGAGCAUCAGAACUGAAGACGCAGGAGUUUACAUAUGUCUCGUCAAGACUGGAGGAGUUUCAGCAAACACCACUGUCAUUAUAAAAACACACAGUUUGUCUGAUUUCCACACACUGAUCUUGUUUCUGUGUGUCGCUGCGUCUGGAUCUGCUCUGCUGCUCUGCUUUCUCAUCUAUUGCAGAUCACAAUCUAACUGCACAGUCAAGUGUCUUCAGAUGUGCCUCAUCUUACUUCCAAACAUCAUGAUGUUCGCUGCUGUCAUUCUCUGGGGUCUUUCUGGAGGUUUUGGGCAUGAGACUGUUGCUUGUUCUGCUCUGUUUUUACUGAGACCUAACAUGCUGUUUAGAGCCGGACCAUACGGAUCUCAAGUGAAUGGUGAGCGUGUGCUGGGUGAUCUGAGAAUUGUUCUCUUUGCAUCUGAAAGUGUCUUCGCUUCAGCUCUGCUGGUUUUACAGAUAGCUGCACCUGGAUUUGUGUAA